GUAACAACACUUGUGAACACGAGCAAUAAAGGACCCUCUGGCAAAAAGAAAGGGCGCUCGAAGAAGGCUCAUGUUUUGGCUGCUUCAGUGGAGCAGGCAACCCAGAACUUCUUGGAAAAAGGAGAUCAGAUUGCUAAAGAGAGCCAGGAUCUCAAGGAGGAGUUGGUUGCUGCUGUAGAGGAUGUUCGUAAACAAGGGGAAACAAUGCGAAUUGCCUCUUCAGAGUUUGCUGAUGACCCCUGCUCCUCGGUGAAGAGAGGCACCAUGGUGCGGGCGGCUCGCGCCUUGCUCUCUGCUGUCACUCGCCUGCUCAUCCUGGCUGAUAUGGCUGAUGUCAUGAGGCUUCUAUCACAUCUGAAAAUUUUUCACAAUACAUUUGAAGCAGUGAAAAAUGCAACAAAUGAGCAAGAUUUAGCAAAUCGCUUUAAAGAAUUUGGCAAAGAGAUGGUAAAGCUGAACUAUGUCGCUGCUAGACGACAGCAGGAACUGAAAGAUCCUCACUGCAGGGAUGAGAUGGCUGCAGCUCGAGGUGCUCUGAAGAAGAAUGCCACCAUGCUGUACACGGCAUCCCAAGCCUUCCUACGUCACCCUGAUGUUGCAGCCACGAGGGCCAACAGAGACUAUGUCUUCAAGCAGGUGCAAGAAGCCAUUGCUGGUAUCUCCAACGCUGCCCAGGCCACCUCACCCACUGAUGAGAAUAAGGGCCACACUGGCAUAGGAGAGCUUGCUGCUGCACUGAAUGAAUUUGAU